CUCCAAGUAAGUGGGCGUCGACGUGCAGUUACACGCACACGCGUCCGCUGCGCAUCCUGGAACUCGCGCACUGACGUCCGGCGUCACCGUAAACAACAAGAAAAAGAAAUAGGAGGGGCACGUGACGUGCGCGAGCCGUCGAAGCGUAGAGAAGAUGGCGAGUGGGGAGGAGGCCCCGCGGCGUUUGCUGUCCUCGCCCUCCUCCUCCUCCUCGGCGGGCCUGGAGGCCCUGUUCGCGGCCAAGGCGGCAGAGCGGACGGACGCGGACGGUGGUCCGGAGCUGGCUGGACUGCGGGAGCGCCUCCAGGGCUGGCUCCGGCCGUACGCCGCGGCGGUGCUAUGGGCGCAGAGGCUGCUGGUGUGGGAGAGGCCGUUGCAGAGCGCUGGCGCGGCGGUGCUCCUGCACACCGCCUUCUGGUUCCUGUCCUCCACUGCCCUCAGACCACUCUUCCUCACCUGCGUCUUCCUCCUGCUCCUCGUGCUGCUGGACCGCUGGAGAGACAGGCUGCCCGACAUUUACAUCCCAGUGCAGUGUCCUGAAGCCUCCGAAGCUGAAAGGGAGAGCAUGACCUUACAGCCCCAGCUCCUCAGUGUUGAAGAGCUCAGCCACCACAUUGCUGAGAGCUACUUCAUCUGUACCUUGUAUGUCCAGGAGAUGCUGGUGUAUAAACGGCAAAAUCGUGGCAAGUUUUGUGUGCUGAUGUGCUCAGGAUGUCUGGUUCUCGCUGUUAUUGGGCAUUAUGUACCAGGAGUGAUGAUCUCAUACAUUAUAUUGCUGAGUGUCCUGCUUUGGCCUCUGGUGGUGUACCACGAGCUGAUUCAGAAGAUGUACACUGGCCUGGAGCCCAUCCUGAUGAAACUGGACUACAGUAUGAAGGGGGACACGCAGCACCGCAAACAUGAAAAAAAGAAGACGAAGAAAGAGACAGAGACAGGUGAUGAGCCUCAAGCAGAAACUGAAAGCGAAAGUGAAGAGGAGCUGUCUUGCUCUGCUCCCACGGUGGAUGUGAAGACCACAGCACUGGCAAUGGCCAUCACUGACUCUGAGCUUUCUGAUGAGGAGGCCUCAAUCUUGGAGAGUGGGGGAUUUUCUGUAUCCAGAGCCACAACCCCACAACUUACUGAUGUCUCAGAAGAUUUGGACCAACAGAGUCUAAACAGUGAGCCAGAGGAAACCUUCUCCAGAGACCUGCCAGACUUCCCAUCUGUUGAGGAGUCCUUAUCUCCAGAGCACGCCAUGCCUCCAUCAGGGUCACCUGGAAGGGUUGAGGGCAUUACUUCAGAUCUCCAACAGGAGGUGCUGCAAAGUCCAGCCAGCCUCCUGAUUCAGCACCUGGCUUCCCCUUUGCACUUUGUCAAUACACACUUCAAUGGUCACAACCAGCCGCAGGGUGAAGGUGUGAGCCUCUCUCCUGAGGCGCUGAGCAAGGAAAUCGUGAACACGGCCAUCUCCACUGUGGUGCAGAAUACCUUGGCGUCCCUGUUGCACCCUGAUGAGACCCCCAGCAGUCCCUCUGUCUCAGAAAGCCCACCAACGGAAAGCCCACCUCCAAGAUUUGUAUGGGCUGCCCAACCUACCGAAGGUGACUGCGCCGUGAAACAGGAUGAUUCGGACCAUCCCGCUGACAUGCCCACGCCUGCAGAUGAAGAGGACUUUGAGCUGUUGGACCAAAGAGAACUGGAGCCGACAGGCAGGGAGCAGGGCCUCUGCUCUGAAGGAGAAGUGAUGGAUGUGAGAACGCCACAACCAAGUGACCACACCCAGGAGUCCUAGCUUCUUCUGACUCCCUGGUAUAUUUUUAGUACAGUAUACCAAGGAAAAACACUUGUCUUUUGUUGUUUCUGGGAGGCAGAAUACUGUGACAAAAUUCCAGAUUUGGCACCCACGUUGAGAGGAAACCUUCUACCUGGGUCUUGAUGGCAGUUUGCGUUUGACAGUAUCUUAUUGCUGUUAGCCUAGGGAACAGUUUUGUUGAUGCCGAGUUUGCAGACCGCUGGUGGGUGGACUUUUAGAUGAAUUCAUCUAGAUAAUUUAUGUAAACUAUAUGGUUUUGCUCAUAAUUUUACUGUGGAUUAAAAAAGCUAAUUGCUAUUUUUUUUUCCUCCCCAGAGCACUGACUAUAUUUUUUAAGUUAUAUUAAGGUCAUUUUUGAAAUUAAGGUUUUUUUUUUCUUCCCCAUUUAUAAAGUACCGUACUACUACACUAUCAAUACGGGCAAGCUUGAGAAAGCUGGUAACACAGUAAGGUUUGCUUGUGUACGAAGUUGAGUUUUUUCCACAUGAAGUAGUGAAUAACUGAAAAUGAGUCUACAUGUUUUUGUGGGAGGUAUUGUUAUAUUUUUGAGAAAUGAUUUAAAAUGUUGACAAUUGUUUAAAUGGUUUUUAAUAAGCAUUUUGCACUGUUUACUGGUAUAUUCUUGGAAGAGUGUUAACCUCUUUUGAAACACUGGGGGACCCUUGUCCCAAUGGUAGUUUCUAGAAGGAAGAGACAUUCAAUGAAAGUAUCCUGACGUGCUGUGCUGGAACGAUUGGUGUGUACACCAAAGUCUUCGUUCAGACCGUGUUCUGGAAAUGUGUUUGGCUCAAAAGGCCGUGGGGAAGUGUUCUGGAGUGUUUUACUCACUGUCAGGUUGUCAUUUUCAGUGUAUGCCUCUGCGUGUUGAACACUGUUCUUGUUCCACGUGUUCUUGUUCAAAGUAAACCGUUGAAAAGAAAGGAUGUCAGAUAACCCCUGGCAGGUUAUGUAACGACUGCUCUGUGUGUCCAUUCUAAUAAUGUGGUUUAAUUUCAAAUGCAAACUGACUAAUCAAAUUUGUUCCAAGCCCACUUACUGUACAGUCAAGAGAAAUACUGUAUGGUGACUGUUUUGCCCUGGAUAAUGAGGGAGCUAAAGAAAUAUUUAUACUUAAAAAAAAAAAAAAUGACCCGAACUGCCAUAAAUACCCCAGGGAAUAAUUUCUGAUACUGUAUAGGAACCAAGGGAGCAUCAGAAUUAUAUUUCUUUUGCAGGUAUUUGUGUUUUGCCAGUAAGCCUCUGGCAAUUUUCUUGUCUCAUAAGAGUAAAACAAGUACAAUUGUACUAAGCUGAUAUUUGGUUAUUUUCAAGGGAAGGUGCCAGGGUGUGAUUUGAAAAUCCAACUGAAAGACAGUACCAUCCAAACCAAGUACAAGUAUCCUUUUGUCUUUCAUCCUAAAGUGUGCUCAAUUUCAUUGUUUUGAAAUGAUCAGAAAAUGCAAAUAUUAAAACCUCUGCUUGCAAAUUGUAAAGUGUAAUUAGCACUGCAUACCCAUGUUUUAUGUAAAUAUCUUCUCUUGAAAAUAGUUCAGAUGUCUUAGAUCUUAAUGUUGUAGUCAGUUGUCCGAGUAUUCCGUUCUUGCUGAACUGUGUAAAUCUACUUCUGACAGCAGUUUUACCAAACAUGACCUUCACUUAGGACUUCAGGUAAAGCCAGGAACUCAAGCACAGCAGUGCAGCCAGUAAUUCAGCCUGUGUACCUAAACCCCAAUAAUGUCUGUAUUUUGUAAGAGAUGACACCUUUUUUGUACAGAUACAGCCUUUUAAAGCUUCAGUUCCUUGAUGUUUUGAAGUUUCCACCCCAAUGUAAAUAAGAUGUAACUAUAUUCUUUAUGCUAACAGCAUGCAUCUAUUACGUGCAUCUUGGAAUGCGUCUGCAAAAAAAAUUAAUGCAUAUUAGUCCCCCAGACCCUUGACUUCAAUAAAAGCAAAUACCUGUU